GCAGAAACCUAGGCGCACCGAGGGGACAUGCACGGAUUUGGGGUUUAUUAAAGAUGUAAACUAAUGUUAAAUACAUUGGUUGGUUCUCUUACCAAAACCUGCUGGAGUACAUUUGACAUUUUCUUCCACCUAAGUGUCUAUUGUGGAGAAGAGAAGGGUACCCUGAAUCAUAAUGCCACAGGUUUGCAUUGGGCGCCUCUCCCUCCAGCAGCAGCGCAGCCUGUCCACGGCGCUCUGGGCUCUUCUGCUCUGCACACAGGCCGCUUUGGGCUUCUCACUUGCAGGACAGCAGGAGAACACCUGCGAGGCCAACGGUAGCAUCUACUACCUUGGAGAGUGGUAUUUCCUGGACUCCGACCCCUGCACCCAGUGCGAGUGCACCGCUGAGGGCUCCGUGUGCGCCCGCACGGAGUGCACCUCCCUCCCGGCUGCGUGCAUCCAUGUCAGCCACUACCCCACCGACUGCUGCCCGAGGUGCGAGAAGAUCGGCUGCGAGUACCGGGGGGUGGUUUACGAACUGGGACAGAAUUUUCAGCCAUCAGAAUGUGAGCAGUGCACUUGUGAUAGUGAUGGCAUCGCCCGUUGUCUCGUGGCAGACUGUGCCCCCCCACCAUGUGUCAAUCCUGUGUACCAGCCUGGGAAAUGCUGCCCGGAAUGCAAGGAGGGUCCCAACUGCUACGCUGAUGCAUCCCGUAGUGAAGUGAUACCUGCAGGAGAACCUGUGUGGGUCGACUCUUGCACCAAGUGUCGCUGUCACGACGGCAAAGAAGCCGGCUACUGGGAGGGAAAUCGACUCGCAACCUGUUCCCGCCUCAAAAACUGCACAGCUCAGCAGCCGCCUACCCCGGUUCACUAAUUCUCCAUAGAACUAGCAGUUAUCCUAAAAUACAUAUUGAGUGAUGGCUGGUAAGCUUCACAGUUUAGGUUAUUCCUUGGUACUGUAUCCCUAAGAUGUCCUACAGCCAAUCAAGGAAGGAGAAUCUGCAGAUGAACUGGGGAUAACCCACCCAACAUUUGAAUGUAACACAUUUUAUUGAAUGUCUUCAGUAAAAUUUGAACUAAUGUAAAGAAGAAAAGAUGAAACUUCACCCCACAACUAUCCACUGACGUAACUUCAGCUCAAAACAUGAGGAUUAGAAAUUUGACAAUGUUUCUACUUUUUCCUUGUACUUUUUCCAGCUAUAGCAAAUAUAACUCAAUUUAUUGUAUAUGUCUGAAUUUUAAAAAUGUUGCUUAGAUGUAAAGAAUAUUUUUUUAAAGAGAAAUAGGAAAGAAAUCUGAGAGCUUUAGUCUCUUUUAGUCCUCAUUUAGCCAGGAGGUAAUGCAUAGAUUUAGGCAUUGGCAUAACAUCUAAUAUAAUAAAAUAAGAUAAGAUGGCAUAACCGACUAGAAUCAACCUUACAGUGCAUGCACAUCUGUGAUAAAAAGUAAAUUAGGAAAUAAUGAGGGUAAUAUAAAAGCUGUUGACACAUGUAAUGUUUAAAUGCUGUUUUUUAAAUGGUUUACUACCUGGGCAUGCACACUGUGCACUGUGUCUGAUAGGUAGUUUUAUUUCAUACCAGACAAAAGCAUUAGACCAUGAGUCUUCUGUAAAGUACAGGUAAUGUACGUCACAGAAUCUGUAUUUGGUGUUGAUAAAUAUGAUCCAAAUUUCCCAAAUUGGUUUAAAAAACAGAUCUAAGUUGGUCUAGACACCAAAAAAGCAGGCAAGUAGACCUUUAUCACACUGAAAAGUCUAAAAAAAGUAGGUAAUAAAACCCAAAUAAUAAAUGUUUUUAAGGUAAUGUCAAAAAUUAUAAGAAUAAACAAAAAUGUAAAUUUGUAUAAGCUCUGCUUCUAGUACCAGUAGUCUGUGUAGUAAAGUGGUAAAAUAUGUUUGCUGAAAUAGUUUUAAUACUUUUAAAUAGUUUAAAACAUUUGUAUGUCAUACAGUGUUCUGCAAAAUUAUUGAACAUUUUACAAUGUCAUUUUACAACUUCAAUUCAUUAUAUUGGGACCUUUUUAAAAAAAAUGGUGUUCUAAUGUGAUUCAAAAUAAACAAUUUUACUCUUCCUCA